UCGCCGCAUCUGAUCCCGCCGCUUACCACAGGCCCCGCCCCCUUGUCAGAACCCUUAGCCCGAACCUCGAGGCCCACACCCGGCCCGGGAUCCCAGUCCAAACCCCAGGGCUCCGCCCCUGUCCGCAAGCCUUGCCCCUGAGCACAGCCCACCCCCUGCUGUCUGCCAGCUCCGCCUCCCUGAUUCUCUACUUGGUUUCUCACCGCCCCAUCUCCCCCCCGCCCCCGCCAUUCAGAUUUCUCUGAUCUUUAUUUACAGCACCUCCCCACGUUCCCCCAGCUCCCCCAAGCAUUGUCAUCUUCCGUCCACGCCCUUCACCUGCCCUCCUUCUCCACCCUCUCCCCAUUCCCCCUCCUCCGCCGCAUACCACUGCUCUGUUCCCAUCAAGUCUUUUUUUCUUCAUUUGCAUUCAUUCCUUACCCACACGGGUAUCCCCAGUUCCGCUCUUCUCCCUGACUUGAACUACAGCCCCACCUGCUUAGGACCUGCCUCCGGACUUUACUUCACUCACUCACUCCUAACCUUCCAACAGCUUUCGUCCUUGAUUCUAGUGCCCGGAAUCCAGGACACUCCUUUCCCAGGGAUACUCACUCCAGAAUAUCCUGGGUGGGGGUGGGUUUCAGAAGCCCAAGGUACCGGAUCAGAGUUGUCAGGAAUAUGCUCCGGCAUCUGGCACACAGUUCUUCAGCCUCACUUCCCUUCCCUGAAGCUGGUGUUCGGGAUGGGCUCUGUCACCAGCUUAGUUAGGUGACUUUGAUUCUGCCUAUAUGGUUUUUACAACCCAUCUGACACUCCCCUCUCCUCCCCCAGGUUGAGGCCCCCAGCUUGGCCUCACCACGAUGUGGCACGAGGCUCGGAAGCAUGAGCGGAAGCUUCGAGGCAUGAUGGUUGACUACAAGAAGAGGGCAGAGCGGCGGCGGGAGUACUAUGAAAAGAUCAAGAAGGACCCAGCGCAGUUCCUGCAGGUGCAUGGCCGAGCAUGCAAGGUGCACCUGGACUCCGCAGUUGCCCUGGCCGCCGAGAGCCCCGUCAACAUGAUGCCCUGGCAGGGGGACACCAACAACAUGAUUGACCGCUUCGAUGUCCGUGCCCACCUUGAUCACAUCCCCGACUACACGCCCCCGCUGCUUACCACCAUCUCCCCAGAACAGGAGUCAGAUGAGCGGAAAUGUAACUACGAGCGCUACCGAGGCCUGGUGCAGAACGACUUUGCUGGCAUCUCGGAGGAGCAGUGUCUGUACCAGAUCUACAUUGAUGAGCUGUACGGAGGCCUCCAGAGACCCAGUGAGGAUGAGAAGAAGAAGCUGGCGGAGAAGAAGGCCUCCAUUGGCUAUACUUAUGAAGACAGCACCGUGGCUGAGGUAGAGAAGGCGGCGGAGAAGCCGGAGGAGGAGGAGUCACCAGCUGAGGAGGAGAGCAACUCGGACGAAGAUGAGGUCAUCCCCGACAUCGACGUGGAGGUGGAUGUGGACGAACUGAACCAGGAGCAGGUGGCAGAUCUCAACAAGCAGGCCACGACCUAUGGCAUGGCCGACGGCGACUUCGUCAGGAUGCUCCGGAAAGACAAGGAGGAGGCAGAGGCUAUCAAGCAUGCCAAGGCCCUUGAGGAAGAGAAGGCCAUGUACUCGGGCCGCCGCUCCCGGCGCCAGCGGAGGGAGUUUCGGGAGAAGCGACUGAGGGGCCGGAAGAUCAGCCCACCCAGCUAUGCCCGCCGAGACAGCCCUACCUAUGAUCCCUAUAAACGGUCACCCUCUGAGUCCAGCUCUGAGUCCCGCUCCCGUUCCCGCUCCCCGACCCCAGGCCGUGAAGAGAAGAUCACGUUCAUCACCAGUUUUGGGGGCAGCGAUGAGGAGGCAGCUGCGGCUGCAGCGGCAGCAGCCGCAUCAGGGGCCACCACAGGGAAGCCCCCCGCACCCCCCCAGCCCGGCGGCCCCGCACCGGGACGUAAUGCCAGCGCCCGCCGCCGCUCCUCCUCUUCCUCCUCCUCCUCCUCUUCCGCCUCGAGGACCUCCAGCUCCCGCUCCAGCUCCCGUUCCAGCUCCCGCUCCCGCCGAGGCGGGGGCUACUACCGCUCAGGCCGCCAUGCGCGCUCCCGUUCCCGUUCCUGGUCCCGCUCUCGGUCCCGUUCCCGGCGCUAUUCACGUUCCCGGAGCCGCGGCCGGCGGCACUCUGGCGGGGGCUCCCGAGAUGGACACCGGUACUCCCGCUCGCCUGCCCGGCGCAGUGGUUAUGGGCCCCGGCGCAGAAGCAGGAGCCGCUCCCGCUCCGGGGACCGGUACCGGCGGGGUGGCCGGGGUCCCCGGCACCACAGCAGUAGCCGCAGCCGCAGCAGCUGGUCCCUCAGCCCGUCCCGCAGCCGCAGCCUGAGCCGUAGCCGCAGCCCCAGCCCCAGCCGCAGCCGCAGCCGCAGCCCCAGCCGCAGCCGCAGCCAGAGCCGCUCGCCAUCGCCCCCGAGGGAGAAGCUGACCAGGCCGGCGGCGUCCCCCGCUGUGGGCGAGAAGCUGAAAAAGACCGAACCUGCCGCUGGUAAAGAGACAGGAGCUGCCAAAGUCACCCAAGCUGACACCGCAGGAGAAGCUGAAGCUGAGGAUGCAGAAAGCACUGAACAGGCAGUUCAAGGCGGAUAAGAAGGCGGCCCAGGAGAAGAUGAUCCAGCAGGAGCAUGAGCGGCAGGAGCGGGAGGACGAGCUUCGAGCCAUGGCCCGCAAGAUCCGCAUGAA